AUGGAGCUUAUGCAAUGCUUCGAGCCAGGAUGCAAGCAUGAGGUUGAAUACUCUUGCCCAUGCACAUCUCCUGAAACUCUAUCCUGUGAAUUGCAUGUUUUAAAGCACAUGAAGCUCCCUAACGGAGUUCAUGCUUGCGACUCAAUUUUUUUAGAGCCAUGUCAAGAGACAAAAGAAGAAAUUCUUAAGUUUCUUACAAGAAAAAAAUCAAAAAAUAUCAAACAGAGGGGGAAAAUCCUAAAAUCCUUUAGCAAGCGUUUGCUUGAAUCAGAAACUGAAAUUAGAGAACUCUUAAAAAAUUUGAAUUCAGGCUCGGCUGAGCUAAACAAUUAUUUUACAAAAAUUUCCCAAACUCAAAAACUUUUAAAAUCAGAGCAAGACCCGAUUUUAGGAUUAUUGAGAUUGCAACCUGAUGAAGCUGUUGAGAAAUUAAAAAAAAUUAUUUCAACCAAUCAAGAAUGUUCCAAAAGUGCAAACCUAUUUUGUGCUCUCAGUGAAAAAAUUGAAAAAAUGAUUAAGUGCUUUAUCGAAGACAAAUUUGAAGCUUAUUUAGAUAAAAGAUUGUCUAAUAUAGAAAACACUCUUCAAGAUCACAAUAAAGCUAUUAAAUCAGUCAACGAAGAGAAUAAAAAGAUCAUUGACUCAACUAAUGAUCAGAUAGCAAACAUCAAAGACACUAUUUCUAAACUAAUAAAUGAGAAUAUAAAAAGUGAGAGAGAAAUAAGAGACUGGAAAGAAAAAAUAAUACCUAAAGCAAAAAUUGAAAUAGACCCGCUUAAUUCUCAAAUAAUUAAGACUUCUCCAGAUUUGAUCAAAAAUAAUGAAGCAGAAAAAGCCCAAAAACCUUUGAAGAGCUAA